AUCUGGAAGGAUUUCUGGUUUUGCCGUCUUCAGCUAGAACCGAGAUUUCAGUGAUAUUAUUAGUGAAAGGAAAUGGUGUAAAAGGUUGCAUCUAAUUUGGUUUUCUGAUCCUUUUCUUCGCAACCCUUGAUGUACUUGCCAUGAUAGAGCAACUGGGUUAUGAUCAGAGAUCUGCUUUCUUCAAAGAUUAUGUUUUUAGGUUGGAUAACACCAUACGAAGACCAUCUAGAGUGAGAGAAAUUACCGGCCAAAAGAGUUGAGACCAGGGGCGAAAAAAGAAUUUCAAAAAUCUCAAGAGUUUUGCAGGGGAGGCAGAGGAAUGGAUGUUGGAGGAGAGCAGAGCCCAAAUGAGGCCGAGAAUGAAGCUUCUUGGGUUCCAAUGACACCUCAAAAGCCAAAUUUGGGAGGGAAUAUGCAAUUUGCAAGUUCACGGGCCUCGGCUAGCACUUCAGGAGAUGAAAGCUUCACGCAUUGGGGAUCCGCUAUCAAUGCCGGAAUGUCCAACAAGAAGGUUUACUUUGAGACAAUGAACAGGUGGAAAGGAUUUUCUUGUCAAGAGCUCUUGUUUCAAGCAGAAGCCGGCACUAUCAUGCCUUCAGCUACUCAAAGUUCUGAACCCAAGUGCCAAAUUCCAAACCCUCGUCAUCAUUCCUACGAUCUUAAUUUGUCACCUGAAGCUACAUUCAGCAUUUUACAUGGCAAGAGCAUCCCCAAGUUCGCACCUCUCACGCCAGACAAGUCCACGAGAGUAGAUAACUCAGAUGUAGAUACAAGAGACUGCGACACAGAGAAGCAGAAGAAUCAAACCACUACAGCGAUGGAGCUAGUCAGUGAGCCAGAUAAUGAUGGACAAAGCCCAAGGCCUGCAACAGAGUCCUCACUCAUGGUAGACUCCACAAAACUCCAGGAGAAACAAAAUUCUGACAAGGGAGACGGCCAAGUAAUCGACCUGAAUAAAACACCGCAGCAGAAACAAAGAAGGAAAAAGCACAGGCCCAAGGUGAUUACAGAACGGAAACCAAGAACUCCAAAGCCAAAGACUCCGAAUCUUGCUGAUUCUAAGAAAAAUACAACAGGGAAGAGGCAAUAUGUUAGAAAGAAUAGAAAUGAAAUAGCUUCAGAAACACCACCAGAAGUAGCUGGACAGUUUAGCGACUCCAAAACACGAACGCCUAGGAAGAGGUCCUGCAAAAGGACCUUAAAUUUUGAAGAAAAGCAACCAGAAGCCGAGGAUUCAGCAUAUAGUUCUUCCAAAGUGAAUUUGGAAGUGAAUUUGGAAGUGAAUUUGGAGUGGCAGGUACCUAAUUUUUGCACCAGUAAAGUUUCAAAAUCAACUAUUCAAGUCUGCAGUAGUAUUGAAGAAGUUCUGGCAAGAAACAAACAAGCAGGGGCGAUCUAUCAUGAAACCGCUGGAACAGUUAUGUUGGACGAGGACAGACCACCAUGCCCAAUGAGUCCAAACGAUUCCAACUGCAGCACUAGUCUAAAUCUGACACAAGGACAAGAACAAGCUAAAGUCCCCAUGGGAAACUACCAUCAUGUUCUCAAAGUAGCAGAUUCUGGAAGCGUGAAUAUGAAUGGUGCUUUGUAUAAUAGUCUACAUGAGUAUGAAGUCUCUUGGUUGAAUAAUAAGAAAAGGAGAACUGAUAAGGGGCAGAACAAUACGACACAAAGCAUCAUAUUUUGCAGCACAACAAAAGAUCGCUGUAGAGUUUCAGCUGCAUCUGGACAAGCUGGGAAAGGCCUUCAAGAAAACCUGCAAACCAACAAGUACAUCUUUAUGCCUUUAAGUCCAGAUGAGAGGCCAACGAAGAAAAGAUCUAUAAGAGCUCAUAAGUGGGUUUCACUAACUAGUGUAGCAGGACGCAAGAUGGGGAUAUCUCAUCCCAAAAAACUUCACGAUGUAAACAAUAAUGGGGAAAGAGUUGAAAACUCAAGUGGAAUUAGCAGCUGCAUUCAUGCCCUAAUUGCACAGACAAGAGAGACACUAGCAAGAAAGAGCCGAACAAAGAAGAGAAAUUCUCCAGCAGUCCAAAAUCCUACAUUGUGCGGUGACCAACAAUUUUAUUCCAAGUUCGCAGGACCAUCAACAACGAUGCUUUCUGUCGAUGCAAUCGACAGGCAAUUGAAGUGCUUGGACAUCAAUAGAGAAAGCAGUGUCCCUUAUCGCGAGAGCAAUGCAAUCAUUCCUUUUAGUAUAAGAUAUCAAGAGCAAAAUGCACUCAUUCUUUAUAGAAGAGAGGGCACUGUUGUACCCUAUGCAGGUUCAUUUGAUCCUAUCAAGAAACCUCGUCCUCGACCUAAAGUAGACCUUGAUGACGAAACUAAUCGAGUAUGGAAACUUCUCUUGGAGAAUAUAAAUAGCGAAGGUAUUGAUGGAACAAAUGAAGAGAAAGCAAAAUGGUGGGAGGAAGAACGAAAUGUUUUUCGCGGACGAGCAGACUCUUUUAUAGCAAGAAUGCAUCUUGUGCAAGGAGAUAGACGAUUCUCUCAGUGGAAGGGAUCGGUUCUAGAUUCAGUUGUUGGUGUUUUUCUCACUCAAAAUGUCUCGGACCACCUGUCUAGCUCAGCAUUCAUGUCGCUUGCUGCGCGUUUUCCUCUCAAGUCAAGAAACCAUGACAAAGCAUGUGUGGUAUCAGAUGAACCAGAAGUGCGCAUAAGUGAGAGUGCUCCAAAUCAGCCAGUUUGUGACAGGACUUCCUUUAUAGCCCUUGAUACAGAGCACAUUGAAAUAACGGGUGCUUCAGAAUGUUACAUGGAACAAGGUGGGAAAGCAAUAACUGGUCCAGUCUCACUGCAGAAUUCUGUGGAUUCUACCACCUCUCAAAGUUACAAGUCGGGAUCUUGCUCGGGGAGCAACUCAGAUACAGAGGAUGUACCAAAUAGAUCUGAAGAUCACUGUUGUCUACACAAGGAUGAAUCCUCCACGCUAAUGGAGGCGUAUCAAAGGCGUGAGCAGAUGCCAUCUAACGAGAAGUUAAAGGAUGAAUGCAAUGACAAUAACGCUACGGAGCAUGAAAACGAGAGACAAAAUAUAGACAAAGCUAGUCCUAGAACUUACUUAGAAUCAUCCAUGGACCCUGCUAGCAGUAAUUGUAUGCAUGAAGCCACUAACGAAGAUGCAUUGAUAAUUGAGAGCUUUAAGGUAUUCAAGGAAGAUACACAAUCUUCAGAUAUUUCGCAGAUCAGAACUGAAAACAGUGCAAGUGAUCAGAGUACAUUAACAGUGGAAUCUGCAAGUCAAAAAAUUAUUCAAGAGAAGAUCACAGUGACUCUGCAAGAAACCGAAAGGUGUCCUAAUGUGCUGUGCAACAACAUUCAGGUAGAGCAAAAUAUACACACUGAAUCUCAAAACAGCCUCGUUGAAAACCCAGUAAACUUUGAAGCGUUGACUGAGGAAAAAAACAUUGGAAUAGAGCAAAAAGUGCCAAAUCAUUCUGACGAAACCCAAGCAGUUAUGAAAAAGACUGAAUCAGAUUUUGAUUACUGUGGUCAGUCAUUGAGUAAGGAGUGCAGUGAGAUGGAUGCCACUACUGAAAAAUCAAGGGGUAAAAGGGUAAGAAAGGAGAAAAAAGAUCGGGACUGGGACGAACUAAGGAAACAAGCAGAGGCCAAUGGACGAAGAGAAAGAACAGCAAAAACAAUGGACUCCUUGGACUGGGAAGCUGUUAGAUGUGCCGAGCUUGAAGAAAUUGCUGAUACAAUUAAAGAACGAGGCAUGAAUAACAAACUUGCAGAACGAAUCAAGGAUUUUCUUAACCGGCUGGUAAGAGAACAUGGAAACACCGACCUUGAGUGGCUGAGGGACGUUCCACCCGAUGAAGCAAAAGAGUAUCUGCUAAGCAUAAGGGGAUUAGGGCUGAAAAGUGUGGAGUGCGUGCGACUUUUGACGCUUCACCAUCUUGCUUUUCCGGUCGACACAAAUGUUGGACGUAUUGCUGUACGACUAGGAUGGGUACCCCUUCAGCCACUGCCCGAAUCACUACAGUUGCAUCUUCUUGAACUGUACCCAGUGUUGGAAUCUAUUCAAAAAUAUCUAUGGCCCCGACUAUGCAAGCUUGACCAAAGAACACUGUAUGAGCUACAUUACCAGAUGAUAACAUUUGGAAAGGUUUUUUGCACAAAAAGCAAACCAAAUUGCAAUGCAUGUCCUAUGAGAGGAGAAUGCAGACACUUUGCAAGUGCAUUUGCUAGUGCACGGCUUGCUCUGCCAGGGCCUGAGGAGAAAAGUGUAGUGAUUUCAACCAAUAAAGGAAAUGAAGACAUAAACUUUACUGAUAUGAACGAGAAGACACCUUUAUCCCUCCCUCAAGCAACCAAACAAUCAGAAGAAGAGCGAUCGUUGGAAGUACACCACCAAUCAGAAGCAAUAGUUGGAACCAGUUACUGUGAACCAAUUAUUGAAGAGCCAGCAACACCAGAGCCAGAGUGUGCAAAUACAUUAGGGGACAUAGAGGACUUUUUCUCUGAAGAUCCUAAUGAAAUUCCUACAAUCAAGCUUAACAUUGAAGAGUUCACUCAGAAUGUACAGAACUACAUGCAAAGAAACAUGGAACUUCAAGAUGCUGAAAUGUCGAAGGCCUUAGUUGCUUUAGGACCAGAAGCUGCUUCUAUUCCUAUGCCCAAGCUGAAGAAUGUGAGCCGACUAAGAACAGAGCACCAAGUAUAUGAGCUUCCAGAUUCGCACCCUCUUUUAGACAUGUUACAGUUGGAGAAAAGAGAACCUGAUGAUCCAAGCCAUUACCUUUUGGCCAUAUGGACACCAGGUGAAACCCCAGAGUCCACUGAGCCACCUGAGAGGUGUUGUUCCCAAGGAUUAGACAAAUUGUGCAAUGAAGAGGGUUGUUUCUCAUGCAACAGCAUCCGGGAGGCAAAUUCCCAAACAGUCAGAGGAACAGUUUUGAUACCUUGUAGGACUGCUAUGAGAGGAAGCUUUCCGCUUAAUGGGACCUACUUUCAAGUUAAUGAGAUGUUUGCAGACCAUGAUUCAAGCCUUGAGCCAAUUGACGUUCCUAGGGCUUGGCUAUGGAACCUACCAAGGCGAACUGUGUACUUUGGAACCUCCAUUCCAACAAUAUUCAGGGGGUUGACAACACAAGGAAUUCAACAGUGCUUUUGGAGAGGUUAUGUCUGCGUGAGAGGAUUCGACCAAAAAACCCGAGCGCCGCGACCUCUAAUCGCGAGACUUCACUUUCCGGCCAGCAAGGGGAAGAGAACAAGAGACCCGAAGAACGACGGGUAGAAGACAGAAGGAGAAGCUUGCCGCGACGUCGUUCGAGUCGUCGGAGCCGGAAUUUUCUCUGAAGAUUAAAGAAGCGCGUUUAGGAACAUCAAAAAACCCAGUAGAUUAGAGUUUCUAACAAUUUUCGGACAAAAAUCUCCAGAAAAAAAUGGGGAUGCAAAGAAAAAACGAAGGCUGACCUAGUAAGUUGUAUAUCAACAAGAUUUGUUCUCUUCUGAAA